AAAGGAAGGAUUUCUAUCCUGAGAAAGUUAUGUUUUUACUAUCCUGCUCCCUGAAGCCUUCUGGAAAUCUUCUUCAGUUUUACUGCAUGCAAAUAGUAUUUCAUAAAGUGACAUUAAGCAGAAGGACCAGAAUUUGCCUUCUUGAUGUUAAGACAUUAACUUUUCCUCACUUGUUUGUUUUCAGGUAACUUAGUGGUGGCAACACUUCCAGCAAGAAUGGCCAGUGGAACCAUAAUUUUCAUCCCCUCUAAUGGAGCAAACAUAAUCCAAACAGCUCCUGGAUUGCCCAGUGUUGCUCUUCAGGCAUCUGGAGCAAUACCAUAUCCCCAGUAUGGAGUUCAGCAACUUGGAAUUUCCACCAGUGCUCCUCAACAAGUCCCACAAAAAAGUCCUUUGGAGAGAUUCCUCAAGGCUGAGCCCAAAGUGCUUGGGGCUGUCCAAAUAUUGAUAGGACUGAUUCACAUUGGCUUUGGGGCUGUCUCCCUUUGUCUCUUUCCUCCUUACUAUCUUCCCUUGUCUGGAUUUGGAGGUUAUCCCUUCUGGGGAGGGAUAUUUUUCAUUUCUUCUGGAUCACUAUGUGUAGCAGCUGCGAACCGUCCAAAUCAUACUUUGGUGAAAUCUAGUGCAGGACUGAACAUCACAAGUGCUAUAAUGGCAUUAAUUGGUGUCAUCCUGUACCUAUGCGAGCUGAGACUCAGUAAUAAUUUUUGGAGAUAUGAGGAUGACUAUGACACUUACAAUUUAAUUAGUCUACAGAGUGUCGGUCAUGGCCUCUCCAGUGUGCUGCUCUUGUUCAGUGUGCUGGAAUUUUGCAUCGCUGUUUCCCUGGCUCACUUCGGGUGCCAGGCAGCUUGCUGUACUGACGACCAGCCAACGGUGCUUUUUGUGCCUUACCAAGUCAUGGGAGGCGGAGAAGUUGCAAGUGAACCAAAUCCUCCACCUCCACCAACUUACGAUAACGUGAUUACCAAAUCUCAGUAAAACAAGAACAACAGGAAGGAAAUAGGAGAAUGGUUGGCAACAGAAGUUUCAGGAGAAGCAAUCACAUGAUCAUGAGGAGGUUGCUACGUGUGAGGACUGGUCAUGAGUCACUUUUUUUCAAAUUUGUUGUAACUGAAUGGUUACUAAAUAACCAGUUGUAAGUUGAGAGCUACCUGUAAUAGUGGUUGCAUAAUCACUGUGAUCCCAAAACAGAAGAUGUUUACAUAUAACCAAAAUAUUCCAUAUUAUUAGAGUGCUUAUGCUGAUGAAAAACACAGAUUCCAAGCAAAUUGCCAUUUUUUGUUUUCUAUCAUCGCAUCUCCAACAGGGCAAGCUGGAAACACAUUCAUUAGCUGUAUCCUUGAAGGGUUUACAGUUGUGUAAACAUACAAUUUCAAAAUAAAAGCCAUUCAUACUUUUAUGGAGGGUAUAUUUGGGGGGUGGGCAACUAUGAUCCCUUUGCAACCUGUGGACCUCAACUCCUGAGCCUGCAGAGCUGAUUCAGAUAUUCUUGGAUUUGAAGUCUACAGUUCUUAAAAGUUCCAUAGUUGCCCAUUUUUGGUAAAUGCCUCAAGAGACUCGAUUGAAAUGUAGAGAUUUGUUGCUUCUUUGUCCAUAAUUACAUUGUAAAAAGUUUGACUCCUGCAAUGAUUUUACAGAUGUACAAAAUGUACAUUUGCAGAGUUGUUUGAGGUUUAAUUUGAUAGGAAGUAUCCUGAACAUAAUCUAGCUCAGUUGAAAUGAUGACACUCUUUGCUUCCUUUCUUUGAUGAAUCUGCAUACAGAUGGGAAGUUGAACAACUAGCCUUGUGAUGCAGCCGGAACAAUCUUAAACCAAAUGCAUUCAAAAUUGUAAAAAUGGUAGAUUUUAGAAGAAGCCCACCUAUUCUACCACCAUUUGGUCUGGGAAACUACCUGUAGAUUGGCUGAAAAAUGUUUAUUUCUCAAGUAUCCUUCCUUCCCUAGAAGCUGAAUUUGGAGGACAGGUUAUAGGGAAGGAGGAUUAGAAACCAUAAGGAAACUUUGAUUAUCUUCCUGAUGCUUCCAUGCCACACAAAUUCAUGAUUUUUAAAUACUUGAGGUACAAUUAAAACCGGAGGCUUUUCUUCAGGAUGGGUGACAGACAGUGAGAAAGAAGUCAUGGAACUUUGUUUUUAUAUAUGAUAUAUGCAGGAAGAUUAUAAUAUGCUCAAAAGUGGGAAGGUUUAAAAUAACCAACAAUUGAAUGGCUGGUGAAAAUGAUGGAACUUGCUGACAAGGCUAAAUUGACUUCCUUGAUUAGAGAAAAGACUGGAAAACGUUUCUUAAAAACUUUGCAUGAAAAAAAAAAUAGCAUUAGCAACAACAUUUAGGCUUAUAUACGGACCCUUUAGUGCUUUACAGUAUUCGUUGGGUGGUUUACAACAUUGAAGCAUUUUUUUGCAUAUUCCCCCCAACAAUCUGGGUCCUCAUUCUACUGACCCCUGGAAGGCUAAAUCAACUUUGAGCCCCACCAAGAUCAAACUCUAGACUGGAAAAUAGAUAGUGGAAAAAAGUGACCUUUUUUGUAAUCAUAAAGUAAGAGAUAAUUUUGUAAUUAUGUUUACAUUUGCUGCACAGAAAACACUAAGCUUUUGUAUUCAUUUUUAUCUUUUUGUUCUACACUUUUGCCUUUAUCUUUCUCUUUGUUUUCUUUACUCUGUAUUUCUGGUACUCAGUUGUUUUUUCCAAUGGAAUAACAUAUCCUUUACAUAAAUUAAAAAUUGAUAAUUUUUAUUUAGCCACAUUAUCCAUCAAUAUUAUCUCUCACUUGUAUUUUUAUUUUUUUCCUUUCUCUUUGCAGCUUAUAAGAUAAUCGUUUCCUUGGUUUAUUCACAAAUUGAAAAUGUCUAUGUUUUGUAUAACUCAAUUUAAAUUCCAGUUCUCUUAUGGUUAACAUGGAUAACAUACUGUAAAAUCUUAAUUUCUUGACA